UUUUUUGCUGCACUUUAAGCUGCCACGUAAAGAUGAGUGUAAAGGCCAUUUAAAGUCAACAAAUGCUCUUUAAACUAUACUUUCAUCACUAUCAUGAUUGCACGAACUCAGUCUUACAAAAAAGUAAUAACUUAUUUCUGGCAAAGAUUGUUUCGAUCUCACGCAGAUGUUGUCAUUUAUUUGACAACUGACCGAGUUUUGAUUUUGAAUUGCUUGCUUGUGUUAACCUUAAAAGAUUAUACCGCCAAUAACUUGUGAUUUUGUUAAUUAUUUUACGAAUUACAUGUUUUGAUUCAAUCGAUAAUAUUAUAAACAUAAAGAAAAUAUUAAUCGUUUGUGUAAAUAUAAAUAAAUAAUGGAGUUUUUAGAUGCAAUGCCCGUUACUUUCAAAGAAAUAACACCAAAUUACAAUUUACCGGAAAAGUGGAAAGAAGUUAUAUUAAAUACAGGAGGAACACAUAGUACUUUACAGGACAUCAAACUACCCCAAAAAGCUGGAGGAUAUUGGUAUAAAGAUACUAAAAAGGUGUACACUCGGAAUCGCUUUAUUUAUUGGCAAACCACCUCAGAUGCUAUAGAAUUGUCUGAAGCUUCUCUGGAUAUAAAUUUAUCAUCGUGUAACUUGAGAUGCAAGGUGGCUCCAGGAACACCACCUUUGAGCAGUAUUUCUGUUUAUGAAAGAAGUGCAUCUCGAGAUGUUGUGCUACUAGCUGCUACAGUGUCAUCUGUACAUCGCCUGAUAUUUCCACAUCCUGCAAUACUUGAUAAAAAGUCAACUUUUGGAUCACUCAGCAGUUCAUCACCAUCAAUUUUUCAUGACACAAGUUCAAUCAAUAACCCAAAUAAUUAUUGUAUUCUCAAUCAAUAUUCCAAUGCAACUACUGGUGUUGCACACACAUGCUCCUCCCUUCUUCGCGAUACUGGUGAGGCAGUAUUUGCACUAGCUUUUGGUCACGGAGGGGAUGGUGGUGUAUUACUGGUCAAACUGCCUGUAACUGGCUCAGCUGUAACCACUCUAUUGAAAAGAGAGUCGACUGUACCCAGAUUCCUGUCAGGCAUAACAGGAGCUUUGAGAGGCAAGAGUAACACAGAUGGCAUAGAAACAUAUGGAGUAGUGCUCACUAGUGGUUUGGCAGUCGCAAUAUGUGGGGAUACUUGCCUCCGUGCUUGGCCGUUAGACGAAGGCGGCGCCCCAAUUGCGGUCUCCACGCCUUUAUCCCAGACGUUAGUCAGACCAAAACCACCUCCCCAUGGUCAUAUGUUGCAAAGAACCACUGGAUCAGAUGGCAGUGUUAUUUUGGUUGCAUAUUUAUCUUUUCCUAAUGAAUGCGAAUUUGUGGUUAUGAAAAUGCAUGACGGGGGAACUGGAGGUGUACGGUUUUCGCAUAUUAGCCGGAUUUUUGGCCCUCAGUUGGACCUACUUGAUUAUGCCAUUGGUUAUGGUGAUGGAAAUAAUGUUAUUUGGGCCCUGUGGAGUCAACCAGAUGGUGACACUAUUAUUACCAGCGUGUCUGCGGGCCCGGAGGCGUGGUGGCAGGCGGUGGCGGCGCGCGAGGCGGGCGGCGCGCUGCCCGUGCUGGGCUCGCACCAGCAGUACCGCGACCGCCUGCUGGCGCCCGGACUCUUCCCGCCCGCCGUCAUCAGGAAGGCACUCAUGAUCUACAACCGCACGUGGGGCAGCAGCGAGCCGGGCGGCGAGGGCGAGCUGGGCGAGGCGGCGGCGGCCGCCGUACAGGCGCGGCUGCGACACCUCACCGCGCGCAGCGCCGCGCCAGACCACGCGCAUCUCAUGCACAAAUGCUGGUCAGACUUGUAUAGUUGGUGUAUGCAGUACAUGGAGAGCUUGCAGAAACCUCUAGGUCUUAUGGUGUCAAAACAGGAAUCGGAUAUCGAAAGUGGUUGGUGGUGUGCAGUAGUUCGCCGAGCCGGUAUAUCUCUUAUCUGUGAAUUGGAACCACUCGAGCGAAUGAUGUUAUCACCGGAUGCCGCAUUGGUGGAUGGAAAUGACGGGCGCGGCGAGCUGUCGGGCGACGCGGUGCGCGUGGUGUCGGCGGGCGCGCGCUGGGAGCGCGCGGCGGCGGGCGCGGCGGCCGAGCUGGAGCGGCGCCUGUUCGCGGCCGCCGCGCCGCAGCACCGCCUGCUGCCGCGCCUGCUGCACCUGCUGCUGGCGCCCGCGCCCGCGCACGAACACGACACGCUGGCGCCCACUCUCACACCGCAGCAAAUUGAUGAACUCUCGUCAAUUCUGGAACCAAUCAAAGACCUACAAAGUGCCGUGCUAGAGUUGAAUGAUGCCCUUAGAUUGGAUGUGCCCGAAAUAGAUGAUUCUAAAAAUGAUGAGGAAGAUUCCGGCGAGUAUGACAGCUUGUUAGCUAGUGAUCUUGGUGUAGCGAUAGUUACCGAAGCGAUCCGACAGAUGGCAGAAAUGAGGUCGCGCGUGGUCCGCGGCGCGGUGUGCGCGCUGGGCGCGUGGCGCGGCGCGGGCGGCGUGCCGGGCGCGGGCCACUGCGCCGUGCACUGGCAGGCCUACCGCGCGCUGCUGUGGCUGCGUGCUGCCACGCUGCAACCCGAGGUGGGCGGGCCGUCGGAGGCGUUCCGGCUGAAGCUGCAGGCGCUGGGCGCGGAGGCGGGCGGCGGGGGCGCGGGCCGCGGGGGCGCGGUGUGGGCCUACGUGCGCAGCGCGGGGGGGGCGCGCGCGCGCCGCCACCUCACGCGCGCCGCCGCGCCCACCGCCUGGCACCAGGCGCUGCCGCUGCUCGCCUACCAUCUCGCGCACCAGCUAUGGGCAGUCAGUGGAGGCUUCGAAUUCAGUUGGUGGCUGGCCACCAUAGACCAGCCUCGGCUUGUGCAGAACUACGUGAACAUGUUGGAGCCCUGGUGCGAAUGGAAUGCCUGUUCACGUCAAUUCAUCCUUGGCCUUGCGUUGCUGGACCUGGAUGACCCUGAGAAUGCUUACACAGCAUUUUGUAAGGCGGCUAAGGGCGUGAGCACGGAACCAUUCUUGCGGCAGAUAGUGGCCGCGCCAGACGCGAGGCUCACACAACACCAGGCCCUCGUGUUGUACUAUAUGAAGGUGAUAAAAUUGUUCGAGAUCCACGAUGCGGGCGCAUGUGUAGUUCGUCUCGCGGAGACUGCUAUAAGCAUUGCUGACAAAGAUGACCCCAAUUUGGCGAUGUUCCAGUGGGUGGUGUUCAAGUGGCACCUGUCGGGCGGGCGCACGUCGCGCGCGCUGAGCGCGGCCGCCGCCAACCCCGCGCCGCACGCGCGACACGCCGCCGCCGCCGCGCUGCUCACCACGCUCGGUAUGGCUGCCGAGCGAACAGCAAUACCGCCCAAAUUCAAACUAUACAUCUAAUAACAUGGCAAUAAAACACGUGUCAAUGCCCUAUAGCCCUAUUUUUAACAUUCAAUUAAGAACUGUUGCUGUGUCAGAUAAAUUGUUGUACUGUUCAGUGGAACCAAAUUGCCGGAAAUUACCAGAUAAAUGGUAUAUAUAAAUACACAGCUGUACUUCAACUUUGAAGUACAGCUGUGUAUUAUU